AUGCUUCGAAAACAACAAUUGUCUCUUUAUCGUUUGAGGAGCAGACGUUUCCUGAUCAUCUAUUUUCCGAAAACAUUGACAAUUUUGAUUACCACUACCGGAAAAAAACUUCUUUUGUCGCUGAUCUUCAUUAAAAUGUGCUUUGGGUUAACCAUAUUAUUUCAUGAGGCAAAGUUCUGCUUUCAGAUUAUACAUCCGAAUCCAUUCAGCACCAAAGCACAAAUUCGCACAUUCCUAGUAUGCACACAGACAUCUAGAUAUGUGCUACUCAUCUGCCGGAUUGCGCAUCUACUACUCUUCAUGAUGAAAAUCAAGGUUGAAUUUCUCGGCGGCCUCGACGUGAUUUCCAAUCAUGUCCGGGAGCAUAAACUUUCGCUUCCAUUAGAAGAGGGCCAAGCGACCAUGAAAGAUGUGAUUUCGCACGUCGUUUCUUCAGUGAUUGCCGAUCCUAAAGACAUUCCUGUUUUCCUCGAGGAAGGAACAGUUCGCCCAGGCAUCUUGGUGCUUAUAAACGACACGGACUGGGAGUUAGAAGGCAUGGAGGACUAUGUUGUGGAGUCUGGCGAUGUUUUUACAUUCACUUCCACUUUGCACGGAGGAUGA